AUGGUUGGAUUUUUGGGGUCUAGAUCAACCACGCGCACUGAACGCUCAUUAUUCACGAACUUGAUUUGGAAUGUUUAUUUUACUCGCGAAAAUGCCUCCACUAUCAGAUACGCCAACCCCGAGUCGUCUAAAACAGUAAAGCAAGGCGCAACACAGAGGAGCUGGGUCUUGGCAACAAAUUUUUUGCAGACAUUCGUGACGUUUGUGCUUGGUGAUUCGCUGCCGUUAUCGUCGUUCAAAACAAAUACUUUUUCUGACUCGCAACAAUUGAUCUCCUUUUGGAUAUGGAUUUCCGAGUGUGGGAAAUGGUUUGAUAUUAUCGUGAAUUUUUUAAGCAAUCCUGCAUCUUGUGUCAACAGUUCCUAUUCCAAGGGUAAAGAAGUAAUUCUUGGAAAACUUCGAAACGACUCGAUACUUGAUGUUAAUUUGAGUGUACCAAUUUGA